AUGGGUGAAUACCAUGAUUUAUACCUAAAAUCCGAUGUACUAUUAUUAGCCGAUGUUUUUGAAAACUUUAGAAGUACAUGUUUAGAAUAUUAUAAAUUAGAUCCAGCACAUUAUUACACAUCACCAGGAUUAUCAUGGGACGCCAUGUUGAGAAUGACUGAUGUGGAAUUAGAAUUAUAUGCAAAAUCCAAUAAUAAGUAUACUGAUGAUUAUAAUCCGGAUGAAAAAUCAAAGUAUAUAAUGUGUUUGAAUGCUAACAAUUUAUAUGGGCAUGGAACGUCACAAUAUCUACCAACUGGUGGAUUUAGAUGGUUUACUAAAAAUGAAAUAAAAAAAUGUGAUUUGGCUAACUAUGAGACAGAUAGUAAAAAAGGGUUAAUAUUUGAAGUUGAUUUUGAAUAUCCAAAGGAACUACAUGAUAUAGAUAAUGAUUAUCCACUAGCACCAGAAAGAAUGAAUGUUACCAAAAAUAUGCUAUCAAAGUAUUGUAAAAAAAUCCAGAAAAAGUAUAAUAUAUUAAUUGGUGAUGUCAAAAAAUUAAUCCCAACAUUACACAAAAAGGAGAAAUACGUUGUGCACUGCAGAAACUUAGAAUUAUACAUAUCAUCAGGAUUAAAAGUCAAAAAAGUAGAUAGAAUAUUAGAAUUUGAUCAAUCCCCAUGGUUGAAACAAUAUAUUGAUUCCAAUACAAAUAAACGAACAUUUUGUAAAAACGCAUUUGAAAAGGAUUUCUUCAAACUUAUGAAUAACAGUGUAUUUGGAAAAACGAUGGAAAAUAUUAGAAAACGUGUAAAUGUCGAACUUGUAACCAAUAAGAAAAAACUUAUGAAAUUAACAUCAAAACCAACAUUCGAAUCAUCAAAAAUAUUCAACGAAAAUCUUGUUGCUGUUCACAAAAUUAAGGAAACAUUAACAUUAAACAGACCUGCAUACGUUGGAAUGUGCAUUCUAGAUUUAUCCAAAACAAUGUACGAUUUUCACUAUUAUUAUAUCAAACAUAAGUAUAAAAAUGAUGCUAAACUAUUAUUUACAGAUACAGAUUCCCUAACAUAUGAAACUACAACCGAUGAUGCAUAUAUGGAUUUUUGGGGUGAUAGGGAUAAAUUUGACAAUAGUGACUACCCAGAAUCAUCACAAUUUUAUAAUACAGAAAAUAAGAAAAUUGUUGGAAAAAUGAAAGAUGAAGCAGAAGGUGUACCAAUACUCGAAUUUGUGGGAUUGAAAUCCAGAAUGUACAACUAUAUUAAAGAUAAUGGUAAAUCAGGAAAAACAGCGAAGGGUGUUAAGAAAAACAUAUUAAGAAUACAAUAA